UAAAGAGUGAAACAGAUAAUGUCAAGGCAGAAUUGCCGUAUCAUUUGUUUGAACGAGGUCUGCCAAUGCUUGCUGUUGCUGUUUAAUAAAUCUUUAAACGGGAAUCCGCGUUCGAAUCUCCAUUUACAAACGGCGGCCCUGCCUUCCUACUUCUCAUAGCUAUGGCUGCCUCUCUUACACCCCUCCAUCUGCUAUGCUUCACUUAUCUGCUCGCACUGAAAGUGGUGAUGGCAAGUCUAUGUGAAAAAUUCGGAGAGUGCGGUCUGAAUGGAAUCUGCAAACUGAACGGAGAUUCAUCCAUUUGCAGUUGUCCUCCUGGAUUUCACUACGUUGAUGCCAAAAACACUUCCAAGGGAUGCUCUCAAGACGCUCAGCAGCUGAACAAGUGCGGAGCAACCGCAGAAAUGCGGUCAAUUGGCCACUUUGAUUGGUCGGGAAAUGAUUAUGAAAACAUAAACCCUAUCGACGAAGCAGCGUGCAAGCAGGCAUGCCUCAACGAUUGCUUCUGCACAGUCGCUACCUACGAUGUUUCUCAAAGCGGAGGGAAGUGUUUGAAGAAGGCCUUGCCGCUCAGAGAUGGGCGUGCAAACAGCAACAUAAGCGCCUUUGUCAAAGUAUAUCAAGAAUUCGUCUCUCUAAAGCCCGGAAAGGAAAGAAAAGGGAUGCUCCUUCCAGCCGUUACAAUAAGCCUCGCGGUCUUCUGCUUCGCCGUUGCAGCGAUUACCUUCGUAAUUUGGUUCUGUGUGUGGCGUCCCAAGCUCAGAUUUUUGCAAGAGGCGCAUAAGAUUAACUCGGAGGGGUUAAAGGCGUUUACUUACUGCGAAAUAGAAAGAGCCACUCAAGGAUUCAAAGAAGAGCUGGGAAGGGGGGCCUUUGGAAGGGUCUACAAAGGUCUGCUACCCGACGGAAGGGCAGUUGCUGUGAAGAAGCUUGAUAAGCAGGUCAGGCAAGGCGAAGAGGCUCACGUUUGUGAAAAGGAGUUCAGAACAGAGAUGAUCACCAUAGGUUCGAGUCACCACAAAAAUCUUGUUCAACUUUAUGGCUUCUGCAACCAGGGUUCCAACAGAAUUCUGGUGUACGAGUGCAUGCCCAAUGGAUCUCUCGAUAGGGUGUUGUUUCAUGGUACAACUCAUCUUGAUUGGGAGGUGCGUGCUAAUAUUGCUCUAGGGACAGCGCGAGGAAUCCUGUAUUUGCAUGAUGAGUGUAGAUCCCAGAUACUCCAUUGUGAUAUAAAGCCUCAAAAUAUCCUGCUAGAUGAAAGUUAUAAUGCUAAGCUAUCUGACUUUGGCAUAGCCAAAUUGGUUGGAACAGAACAGACGUGGACAUUCACAGCAGCCCGUGGAACUAUUGGGUAUAUGGCGCCUGAGUGGCAGAGGGGCAUGGCUGUUACUGUUAAAGUAGAUGUGUAUAGUUUUGGGGUCAUGUUAUUGGAAAUCAUUUGUUGCAGGAAAAUGGCCAAGGUGGACGUUCCAGAAAAUGAGAAAGUCUUGUCUGACUGGGCGUACCAUUGCUUGAAAGAUGGAAGACUUGUAAAGUUAGUGGAGCAGCAGGACACAAGUGGUAUAAAUCCAAUACAGUUGGAAAGAAUGGUGUUUGUGGGUCUGUGGUGCGUUCAAGAUGAUCCAUCUCUGAGGCCAUUCAUGAAAAGAGUUGUUCAGAUGUUGGAAGGAACCGUUGAGAUUCCUGUACCACCACGUCCAGGGUUUUCUUCAUAGGCUACCUACUGUCUCGUCAAACAUUGGUUUUUGUUGACAUAUCCUAAGAAAUUUGUCAAGCUGGCCCAAAUAAAGGCUUUACCGGAUGGUGUACAUCAAGGACUUGAUGAUCAGGUUUGUGUGAUUGUUAUUAGUUUAAUCAGAGCGUGGAAAAAUGGAGGUAUACGAUCCCUUCAUAGAUGGAGGGUUUGUAAAUUUGGUGGAGCAGGAGCACACAAGAGGCAUAAAUCCAAGACAGUUGGAACAGAUGGGAUUGGUGCGUCCAUUGAAGAUGAUCCAUUUCUAAGGCCAUCCAGGAAAAGAGUCUCAGAUGUUGGAAGGAAGCCUGGAGAUUCCUGUGGCACAGCGUCCGCUAGGGUUUUCUUCACAGAUUCCCUUCUCGUCCAAUAUUGUUUUUUUGAUAGAUCCUAAUAAAUUGGCUAGACUGUCCAAAAUAAGGGCUGUACGGGAUGGUACAUCAAAGACUAAAUGAUCAGCUGUGUAGGGUAGUUGUUAGUUAAUCAGCACACAGCUUUGUAAUUCUUAGAUAGUUUUUAAGGUUUUCAGGUAUCUAGGUUUGUAGUUCAUGUUUUUAGUUAUAUAAUUCUCAGAGGUUUUCAGGUAUCUAGUUCAUUUUUAUUUUUUUGUAAUUGUUUUUCUUUUUCGAAAUAAAUAAGGUAGUUAGUUAUCCACAAAGCUAAAAAAGGAGAUUAAUGGAUUUA